GGCUCAGAGGGCGCUGCUCUGUCACGGCUUAUUUUAGGAGCCCGGUGUCAUGAAGGCGUCACUGAUGGACAGCGGUGGUGGUAUUUAAGCCGUUCAGGACAGUUCACUGCCACAUUAGGACCGGACCGCUGCAGGCGUGAGGGUCUCCAAGAUGCCGAACUGGGGAGGAGGUGCCAAGUGUGCGGCCUGUGGGAAGACGGCGUACCACGCAGAGGAGGUCCAGUGUAACGGGAGGAGUUUCCAUAAGACCUGCUUCAUCUGCAUGACCUGCAGAAAGGCGCUGGACAGCACCACCGUUGCAGCACAUGAGUCUGAGAUUUACUGCAAGUCCUGCUAUGGCAAGAAGUACGGGCCGAAAGGAUACGGAUACGGACAAGGAGCUGGAGCUCUGAGCUCGGACCCGGCCGGGGAGAACGCACAGCCGCAGCUUGCUAAACCAAAGCCCUCUUCAACAUGCUCCAAUCCAAACAAACCUUCUCCGAAGUUUGGAGGCUCAGACCGCUGCCCUCGAUGCUCCAAAGCCGUGUACGCAGCAGAGAAGGUGAUGGGCGCUGGAAAGCCUUGGCAUAAGACCUGUUUUCGCUGUGCCCUGUGUGGUAAAAGUCUGGAGUCGACCACAGUGACAGACAAGGAUGGAGAGCUGUACUGUAAAGUUUGCUAUGCCAAAAACUUUGGCCCUAAAGGAUUUGGACUGGGGAACGAAGCCAUGCUGGAGGAUCGGGAGUGACGUGAAGUAGUCUUCACUCCACUUGUAUCUUUCACAGUAAAAUAAUCAGGCAAAAACAACUCAAAGUUGAAAAAUCAGUUUGAAUUAAAAUUUGUUUUAUACUUUUA